AUCUCCUCCCCCUCCCCUACGCUUUGUAUCAUACUCCCUUAAAGGAACUGGACGAAGUACCAGAAGGCAGAGGCACCCAUAAUAUUUGGACAUCAUAGAAGUUCCAAGAGCGGAGCGAAAGCAAGAUGGGUAACGGAGCAAAAGCACAGCAGAAGCGUGAGCGCAACGCAAAGGAUUCCAAGAAAGGUCCUACGUCGCAGCUCAAAGUGAACGAGGCGGCCAAGAAUAUUCAGUGUAUGACCUGCAGACAGACAUUUCUAGCGACGACCCGGUCACCAGCUCUAAUCCAGCAUGCGCAAGACCGGCACUCAAAGACGCUGAAAGAAUGCUUCCCAACCUUCACCGAAUAGACAGCUUCUGGAUCGCACCUACAAUGCGGAAACUCCCCUUCUACUCAAUCGCAAACUGCAAGAUCUUCCUGUAAUGAUAAUUAUCUAACCCCGAUCCUUUCCCAUCUCCUUCAAAA